CCUCGCCCCUACCUGGGCUCGAACCAGGUAGGGGCGCGCACCACCGCUAACUAGCUAACCAUUUCACAUCGGUUACACUAACAUGUUACCUUUGACUCGCAAACUAACCAGAAUGUAUGUAAAAUGUGAAUCUCAAAUGUAACCAUAAAGUGGUGCAACCGAACAUGACGUUGCAAGUCACGCCCCUUUCAGUUCAGUGAAGUACAUAGUCAUCACUACGGUGUACAGAAGUUCUGUCGUUGCAUCAUUUCAGGCGCUGAGGAGAAUACUAUUCACCCCUUUGUGUCAACGAAAUAAAGCCCCAGGAUGUGUGGUAUAUGGGCCUUGUUUGGCAGUGAUGAGUGCCUGUCGGUUCAGUGCACCAGCGCUAUGAAGAUCGCCCACCGGGGCCCUGACGCCUUUCGCUUUGAGAACAUCAACGGCUUUACUAACUGUUGUUUUGGCUUCCAUCGGCUGGCUAUUGUAGACCAGCUGUAUGGCAUGCAGCCCAUCCGCAUCAAGAAGUUCCCCUACCUCUGGCUUGUCUACAACGGAGAAAUCUACAACCACCACACGCUGAAGGAGCAGUUUGAGUUUACUGACUACCAGACCAAAGUAGAUGGUGAGAUCCUGCUUCACCUGUAUGAGCGCUUCGGCAUUCAGAAGAUGGCGUCCCUAUUGGAUGGAGUGUUCGCCUUCGUCUUAAUGGACUCAGCCAAUAGGAAGGUUUUCCUGGGGAGGGAUACGUAUGGCGUGCGGCCCAUGUUCAAACUACUGACUGACGACGGCUUCCUGGCUGUGUGCUCUGAGGCAAAAGGUCUGACUCAUAUAACCCACUCAAUGUCCUCACCUCCUAAGAUCACUCCAUUCCUCCCUGGACACUUUGAGGUGUUUGACCUAAAGCCCACAGGGAAGGUAGAGUCUAUUCAGAUGGACCGCUUCCACUGCUGCACCCAGGAGCCCAAGCACGCUGCCUAUGACACGGUAGAGAGGCUCCCCUCAGGUUUUGUCCCAGAGACAGUGAAGAGCAACAUCCGGUCUUUGUUUGAGAACGCUGUCCGGAAACGCCUCAUGGCCCACAGGAGGAUCGGCUGUCUUCUCUCAGGUGGUCUGGACUCCAGUCUGGUGGCAGCUACGCUGGUCAAACUGGCCAAAGAGGAGAAGUUGAAGUACCCCAUCCAGACCUUCGCUAUUGGGGCUGAAGACAGCCCAGACAUCCUGGCUGCUCGCAAGGUGGCGUCCUACAUCGGCAGUGAGCACCACGAGGUGAACUUCACCCCUGAGGAGGGUCUCAAAGCCGUGGAGGAGGUCAUCUUUCACCUGGAGACCUAUGACAUCACCACCGUACGCGCCUCUGUCGGCAUGUACCUAGUGUCAAAGUACAUCCGUGAGAAGACUGACAGCGUGGUGAUCUUCUCUGGAGAAGGCUCUGACGAGCUGACACAAGGAUACAUUUACUUCCACAAGGCUCCCACUCCCAAGGCAGCAGCAGAGGACAGUGUUCGUCUGUUGAAGGAGCUGUACCUGUUUGACGUGCUCAGAGCAGACCGCACCACCGCUGCACACGGUCUGGAGCUGAGAGUGCCUUUCCUGGACCACAGGUUCACGGCGUACUACCUCUCCCUGCCUGAGGAGAUGAGGCAACCUAAGGAUGGAGUGGAGAAGCACCUCCUCAGAGACUCGUUUAAAGGUCUGAACCUGAUCCCAGACGAGAUCCUGUGGCGGCGUAAAGAGGCCUUCAGUGACGGAAUGAUGUCUGUCAAGAAGUCGUGGUACAACAGCCUGCAGGACCAGAUGGAGUCUGAGGUGAACGACUUCCAGCUGGAGAAGUCUCCUAAGACGUUCCCGUUCCUCCCUCCCAGAACCAAAGAGGCGUACUUCUACCGCCAGGUGUUUGAGAAGCAUUACCCGGGCCAGGCCAAGUGGCUCAGCCACUACUGGAUGCCCCGCUGGAUCAAUGCUACAGACCCCUCAGCCAGAACCCUCUCCAUCUACAAGCCUGACAAAGACCAGUGAUACAGCAACAACAGUGGCUUUUAUCCAAUAUCCUCACUAGCGUAGCACUUAGAAUGAAGCAGUCUAUUGAGCAUACAUGCAUUCUAAGUGGUAUGCUAGUAUGGAUAUUGGAACGUAGACCGUGUCAGCUGUCAAUCACUUCUGCCAUUAUUACUACACCUCAUCUUCACACCAUUACUACACCUCCCCUUCACACAUACCUAUCUGGAAACUGUCUGAUGCUAAAGUUGUGACUUUUAUGGAAUUUUAGGUAACGAUGAGGCUUACUUUUCAUGCAAAUGGCCACGGUUAUUGUCAUUUUUGUUGUAACGCUUCAUAAUGCAUCUUUAGAUACGACAUACCUAAUUAGCUACGACAAACCUAAUGAAUAGAACACAGCAUUGGUGACAUCCCUGUCUCAAAAACUAAUGGAUUUGACCUCUUGGAACUUUUGGAAAUUAAGCUUCUCCCAACCAUGCCCUUCCGCUCAUAAAAUGAUUACCAACUUUACCCACUUCAUGUAAAACUGCUAUUGGGUAAAUUAUUUCUACUUGAAUAUAAAGUUGAAUCCCCCACUCUCCUGAAACUUGAAUCUAAAGUCGAAUCCCCCUUUUCCUAAAAUGAAUGUGUGAAGACUAUUUUUUAGUUCACGUUAUUGACCAUAAUUGUCGGUUACAUAAUUAUGCGAUAAUUCUGGCAGCUCUAUUGAGGAAUCAUCAAGCUCUAGUACUUAACCAGUGUUAAUUACAGUUACAGGGUCAGUGCUGAUUUGGGAAACUGCUGUUUCACUAGGAAUAGUUGAUCAUGUUGGAAGACUGGAAUGAUGCUGUAGGCCAUCUAUCUGGGAUUCAGUAGCACUACUGUAAUGCUUUCAUCGAUUAUAGUACCAUACGGUGAUUACAUAGUAGAUAUUAUUAUAUCUAAAUUACAUACAUAUUUUAACAGCUUCAGACAUUGGCUAAACCUUAACAUGAUAUUUAACUGUUCCUCGUGAGUGCUUUUUCCUAUCAUUUACAUUAAGUUAGAUGCGUAUAACCAGUACUGCAAUUGUCUUUUUGCCUCUUACCCAGACAGGGAGCAGGCUGUAAUAGGUUCAUUUCCGUGCAAGAAGAUGUCUUGAUUAUGUCACAGGAGACAAUAGACAGGAUAGCUAUAGGUAUAGAUCAGUUGCGGUCAGUGCCGUUCUAUUACAGCAUAUUGGAUGACUGCCAUUCAUAUUCCAUUCAGCCAAUUCAAUGUAACAGCGAUAGCUUCAGGCUACUACGUGAUACAUUUCCCUAUACCCAUCAUGAGGUUGCUACAACCUAGCCUAUUAAUGAACGUUUUAAACGUAGGUGCACACAGUUCGAGAGACACGUUUUAGGUGACAGACAGUGACAUUCCGUACGGUCUUGCACACUCUUGCCUGCAUCUAGCUGAUAUAGGACGUAAUCAUUCGUCCAACAGUUGAAAACAUCGCCCCCGCCUAGACUGGAGGGUAAUACCCUGCAUAGCUCUGGGUCUCUCAUAUGGACUGUCACUAUCAGUGACACUUGCGAUGUCGAACAAUAACACAACUAUGUUUCUCCCCAUUUUGUUCCGUUUGCUUACGUUUUAAGAAACGAUUUUCAACAGAAUCCGCGGAAUGAAUACACCGCUGAUCACGCGUAAACACACAGCCACGUUGUAUUUCUUUUCGUAUCUGCGCUCUCUCACCUCUUCCCAUCGCUUGUGGACUUCAAUGCACAACACACCAGCUGCGUGAUCAGGCAAAAAAAACUUUCCAAGCCAAACCGCUACACACAGCCUACAUCGUUGUCACCAUCUUAGCUAAAGUAACGUAACGUCCUAGUCAACAUAGCCAAUAGAACCAAUGCGUUAGUAAACCCACUACAAUCAUGCAGUAACGUUACAGUGUAUAGUCAGCAGUUACACGUUCGGCCCCCGGUGGCAAUAAAUUAUUAAAACCACAAGCUUACCUUGACUUGGAAGAGUUCCAGUGUUGUGCUGGAUAGUCUUAGCCAGCUAGCUAACAGGGGGGGGGUUACAGUAGGCUAAACUAGCUAGCCGAAUUUGCUAGCUAAAAAGCUACAAUCUCUCUAUAUACACUUCUCUCUUGCUUCUCCAGCAUAUGGAAGAAAUUAAUUUGUUCAAAACUGUUCAACUAUUGUCUUUCUCUCUCUGAGUCAACUACGCACCACAUGCACUACAGUGCUAGCUAUAGCUUAUGCUUCCAGUACUAGAUUCAUUCUCUGAUCCUUUGAUUGGGUGGACAACAUGUCAUUUUGUAUUUGUAUUUAUAAUGGAUCCCCAUUGCUGCAAGAGCUCUGAUAGGUAGGAGGACAUCCUCCAGAAGUUGUUAUAAUUACCGUGUAAGUCUAUGGAAGGGGUUGAGAACCAUGAACCUCCUAGGUUUUGUUUUGAAGUCAAUGUACCCAGAGGAGGACUGAAGCUAGCUGUCCUCCUGCUACACCUUGGUGCUACCCUACAGAGUGCUGCUGAGUCUACUGUAGACCUUCUUUGCAAAAUAGUGUGUUUUAAUCAAUUAUUUGGUGACGUGAUUAUAUUUAUUAUAGUAUUGUUUCAUCUAAAAAAUAAUAACUUUAAAAAGUUUUUAAAAAUAAAUAAAAAAUGAAAUUCACUGAGGAUAAUGGUUCUCCCCUUCCGCCUCUGAGGAGCCUCCACUGGUAUACAUAGACAUUCUCCUGUUCUAUACCCAACCUGAUAAAGAGAAGUACCCGAAGUCAACUCGUCUUUUAAACAUUUUAAAUGUCAGAACAUAAUUAUGAUAAAACUUUGUAAUGCUUUGAUGCCUUGAUCAAUCCCCAAGGUUAUCUUUCUUUGAACAUUUCUUAUUGAAAAGGAUAAUGCUCAACACUCACUCACCAUUAAAACAGUUGUAUUUUAUUGAAGCAACUAUUAAAAUAAUCAGAACAGAACACGUUUUUACACCCCCCCCCCCCCGUUUUUGUUUUAAGUUAUUAUCCUAAUGAGAGCAAGACCAUGACAUGGUGUAAUAGUGGUCUAUACAGUGUGUGUGCGUGGAUGUGUGUUUUUUAAUUUAUGUGUGGGUUCUUGCGUGGAUGUGUGUCGUUGAGAUAACAAUAGAAUGUGUUACAGAUUUGAAUGUCAAGCUGGGAACAACAUGAUUCAAUUGAAGACGAAACAUACUUGAGACAGACUCGUAUAAUGGGUUACAUUACUUAAGGAAAAUAGUGAAACCAAAAGACACACUGGAAGUUGGAUGCUAACCAUGGUGCAUUGAUUGCACUUUGUUUUCUCAACUACGAGCCAUCUAGAGUCUAGACUGAUGGAAAUGUAUGAAACUACAGCAUUAGAUGUCUAAAGUGAUGUACAUAAUGCUAUGUGUCUGUCUACUGUAUUUCAUCCUAACCACUACUGAUAUAAAAAAGUGCUCCAUACGCUUGACAA